AUGGAGGGCCCUCUUCCUUCACUGCUGUUGCUGCCUCCCCCACCGCAGCCAGCCGACCACGCCGCCCUCAGCGCGGCGUACCGGCCGUCCCUGAAAUCCGUCGUUUCUAGUCUCAAGGAGUCUGGCGGCCCUAACGGCGCUGUUCUCGUCAUUGCUCUCGCUUCGCCUGUUCUCAAGGGCCCCUAUCGGCGGCAUAAAGCAUUGUCGUGGCCGGAUGCACAAGCCCUCCUGGCCGGCAUCUACAGCGUCAUCUCUGUCGUCUGCUCGCAGCUCCAGGUCGGAACCGUAGUCAAUGGAGGGCCGGGCUCGGUAGAUACGCGGGUCAUCCUCAUCGACCACGACGUUACCAAGAAGCUGCCGGUUGAUUACAAGCCUGCCGUGGAGCCCAACAACACGGCUGUCGUCGACAUUGGGACCUUCGUCUCGGCUUACCACCCGUGGAGCCACGUAUUCAGCGUCGAUACCGAGGCUGGCCACCAGCUUCUUUCUACCUACCUCAGCCUGGUCGAGGGUACCCAGACCUUCAGACAGGAGCAGCUUAUCACGGUGGAAGGCGGCUUGACCAUGCAUUCGGGCACUUCCGGCGCAACCGAGGUGACAAGUUCGCUCUACGAUGUGGUGUGUCUUGGGGGCACAUUUGAUCACCUUCAUCCAGGCCACAAGCUGCUCCUUACCGCCGCCAUACUGCUGCUGAAGGUCCCGACAGACGGGUCCAGCAAGCCCUGCCAGUUCGUCAUUGGUAUUACUGGAGAUGAGCUGCUCAAGAACAAGAAGUACGCCGAGUUCGUCCAAUCCUGGGAUGAUCGUGCCUUGUACGUCAUCGAGUUCUUGUCUUCCAUGCUGCAACUACACAGAGGCGGCUGGAAGGACGGCCGAGGCCCGAAGAUUGAGAGGAAGGACCAGCAAAUCACUGCACUUUUUAGGGACGAUACCAUCUCUAUCCAAUGCGUCUGCAUACAGGAUGCAUACGGUCCCACCAUCACGACCGAGGCCAUGGACGCCUUGGUCGUUUCUGGUGAAACUCGGUCGGGAGGCGCAGCCGUGAACGACAAGCGAAAGGCUCUCGGCUGGCAUCCCAUGGAGGUCUUUGAGGUCGAUGUUCUAGAUGCCCACGACAUCGCCGACGAACCAAACAAGACGGGCAACUUCGCGACCAAGAUUAGCAGCACGGCUAUCAGGAAACAGAAAGCUGAAUCACGUAUAUAG